CUGCCAUGGAAACGACUUUCACUUCCUCAGUGAUACAUGAGAUUAAAAAAAAGAGCGAGAGAGAUGACAGAUAAAGGAAAGGUUUUGAGCCACAUAGCAAGACAAACCUUUUUGUCAUGCUCGCCGGAUAUCAAAUGGACAUAAAUAUUAUUUUUCACUCUUUUAAAUAGGUCAUUACAUUUAGGAUAAUCAACCUGCCAGACAAUAGAUUCAAGAUCAGUGAUUAAUCAGCACUUUUUUGUGGCACAGUUUACAUUCUGCAGUUCCAUUCACCAACUGGAAUGAACACGGACAAAUUGCAAUUCACUUGUUUUGUAACAGAAGUUUAGAAAUGGGUCCUGGAGUGAAAGACGACAAAACAAGAGAAACAGGAGGAAGGAACAGUUUUCCACUCAUCCUUUUUUUCUGCUUGCUGAAUAUCAGCGGCUUGCUUGUCCCAGUCACGGGAUUUGCGCUGAAGACUUGCCGAGUCAGUUACAAUAUUGCCAUAUGUGUCAAGAUGAAACUCAUAGCUGUUCCUCAAGAUAUUCCCUCAACAGUGAAAGGUUUUGAUUUGUCUGCAAACAUAAUUGCAAGAGUACAAGUGACAGAUUUCCAAAAUUUUAAGAUUUUGACGCAAUUAGAGCUCAAUCGCAAUAGGAUUUCGGGGAUAGACAACGGUGCCUUUGCCAAUCUGAUUUCCCUCGAGAAAUUAAAUUUGAAUAACAACAAACUUGUUGGACUUGGAGAGGAUCUUUUUCAUGGUCUGAGCAACCUCACAGAGCUCAGAAUUAAUGGUAAUCGCAUCCAAGAUGUGGCCUCCUCCUCUUUUAGGGACAUGAAAAGCUUAACAUUUUUGGACAUUUCUCACAACAAACUGCACCAGAUCACAAAAGUUCAUUCAAUAUUACAGCAUCUGCCACAUCUGCGUGAACUGAAUAUUAAAAACAACGGUUUAACCACUUUUUGCUCAUGGGAACUGACAAACAGCUCAGUAGAACUUAAAUAUCUUGACUUGGCCCAGAAUCCAAUCGCAAAUUUUAGUAUCACUGCAGAUGUUUUUCCAAACCUCACCUGGUUUAACAUUGGUGGCUCUCCUGGAAAGCAACAGAUGAUAUGGGAUGUGCAUAACAAGACUUUCUUCAAUCGAGUUUCUACUCUUGAUAUUAGUGGGCUUCAAAUGGCUUUUGACGACAUGAAAACAUUACUUGAGAUUGUAAACUCCUCACUAACAUCUCUAAGGAUGAAUGCUAUGAAACGUGGCCUCACUGCGCUUAUCAACAUUUCAUGCACCAUCCCAACUAUGUCCAGACUGCAGGUCCGCCGGAACAAACUCAGUUAUGUCAGUUCAGAUUUGUUUAAGUUGUGCUUUGACGUAACUGAGAUGGAUUUAGCAGAAAAUAAGAUAAAAAACAUCCCCGAUAACGCCUUCAGAUCUCUCCAAAGUCUAAGAAUCUUGAGUCUGAGUCGCAAUAGGCUUUCAUCUGUUCCAGCUGCCACAAGGAAGCUACCAAGUCUUACAGAGUUGGAUCUGAGUUUCAAUAACAUUACCAAACUUGGAUGUGACGAUUUUGCCAAUCAGACAAAGCUGAGACGACUAAACCUUUAUGGGAAUUCAAUCUCAGCUCUACAGGAAUGUCUUUUCAAGGAUUUGAUACAAUUGCAAGUUUUAAAGCUACAAAACAACCGUAUAUCAAACUUAAAUAGUGCUUUCCAGAAUUAUUUGCCAAAUCUGAGACAACUGCUUUUAAAUGGAAAUGAACUCACUGAAAUUAUACAUGGGGAAUUUAGCGGCUUAAAGUCCCUCCAAAACUUGUCAUUACUUGGAAAUAAAAUAAAAACACUUGAAGAAGGAUGUUUCAUUGGGCUGACGAAUCUUACGGAUAUUCUGCUCCAGAAUAAUCAUAUUACAGAAAUUGAAAUAAACAAAAGUUGCUUCAAUGAUCUGAUAAAUUUAAGAAGAUUGGAUUUAAGGGAAAAUCAUAUUAAAUAUGAAAAUAGUUCAUCUUUGCCUCAUGCACCAUUCUCUCAGCUGUCCCGUCUGGAGUCAUUGGCCAUUCCUUCACAACACGGCAAGGGGAAGUCACAAUUGCCUCGUAACUUCCUGCAAGGUUUGACAAAUCUGUUGUUUUUCAAUUCCAGGAACAUCCAACUAUUAGCCUUGCACAAAGACAUGUUUAAUGACACACCUCAGCUCCAAACACUUGACAUUAGCUCAAAUGAACUUAUGGAUCUCUCUCCAGAUUUGUUUUCCCCGAUUCAAAACCUUAAAAGCCUUUACAUUUCCAGAACAAGUCUUCGGUCUCUAGAUUAUCUUACAGGUUCCAACCUCACCAAGUUGGAGUUCUUGCAAGCGAGAAAGAAUGAAUACUCAGUCAUCAGUGAAGAAAUAAUAAAGUCCGUACCAGGUCUUGUUUAUGCAGAUUUUCAAGGGAACAGCUUCACCUGUGACUGUGAUAACGCCUGGUUCAUCAAGUGGGUCAAAAACAACAAUGAAACGCAGGUAUUUGAUGCCUAUAACUUUGAGUGCAACUAUCCCGUGAACCUUAAAGGAAUGAAACUCUUGGAACUCGACAUCCGGUCCUGCUCAGUAGAUGUCGAAUUCAUCUUCUUUAUCUCCAGCACAUGUUCAAUCCUCUUUUUUAUGGUGGUGUCCUUUACCUACCAUUUCCUGAGGUGGCAGCUGACCUAUGCCUACUACCUCUUUUUGGCUUUACUCUUUGACACAAAGCAUAAAAACAAGCGAGCUCCUAAUCAGUAUGAUGCCUUCAUCUCCUACAACACUCAUGACGAAGCCUGGGUCAUCAGAGAGCUGCUGCCCAAACUGGAGGGAGAACAGGGCUGGAGAUUGUGUCUGCACCACAGAGACUUCGAGCCAGGUAAACCCAUCAUAGAAAACAUCACAGAUGCCAUUUAUGGAAGCAGGAAGACCAUCUGUGUGAUCAGUCGCAGAUACCUUGAGAGUGAGUGGUGCUCCAGAGAGAUGCAGGUGGCCAGCUUCCGUCUGUUCGACGAGCAGAAGGACGUGCUGAUCCUGGUCUUUCUGGAGGAGAUCCCCACCUCCGAGCUGUUCCCUCACUACCGCAUGAGGAAACUGCUGAACAAGCGGACCUACCUGAGCUGGCCUCGAGCCGGUGAGCACACCGAGCUGUUCUGGGAGAAACUGCGACAGGCUCUGCAGACCAGGGACGAUCGUGCUGAGGACUGCUUCCUCCUCACUGUGCUGGACGGUCGGCAGUAAUCGUGGGGUUUACAACCAGUACAAUUGACUGUUUUGAGUUAUUUUGGCCUGGUUCUUUUUUACAAUAAAAGUGUCAUAAAUCUAUCGAAA